AUGGCCACCGUGGACGCGAGCUCGCUCAGGCUCCGCGAGCUGAACGGGAUCAAAGUCUACGAAGUCUCCAGCGCGCGCGCCGCCCCGGAGUGGGCCAAGCUGGAAAAGAGCAAGAGAAAAUUACGAAAGCGAGAGGACUACCAGCGACGGAUCGAGCUGGUGCAAGAUUUGAGCUUCACCGCGUCGAGUUCGAGGGUGAAGACGUCGCCGGAUGGACAGUUUUUGAUCGUCAGUGGGUUGCACCCGCCGCAGGUGAAGUGCUACGACGUCUCGCAAUUGAGCAUGAAGUGGUGCCGGCACAUGGACGCGGAGAUUGUUGAUUUCUGUUGCCUGAGCGAUGAUUACUCGAAAUUGGCGUUUAUUUGUGCCGAUAGAUCAAUCAGGUUUCACGCCAAGUUUGGGAAUUACUACAACACGCGAACGCCCAAGCAAGGGCGGGACGUGUGUUACUCGGAGAACACGGCGGAUUUGUGCGUGGUGGGGAGCUCGAGCGAGGUGUGGAGGUUGAAUCUCGAGCAAGGGCGGUUUUUGCAGCCGUUGGAGAGUAAGUGCGAUGAGUUGAACGUGUGUGGGAUAUCGCCCACGCACGGCUUGUUCGCCGCGGGGAGUGGGGACGGUGAGGUGGAGUGUUUCGAUUUGCGGGCGCGGAAAUCGUGCGCGGCGAUUCGAUGCGUCGAUAGGGACGAUGAGGGCGGCGUGACGGCGCUCCGGUUCGAUCCGAACGGAUUACAGAUGGCGGUCGGCACCGAAGGCGGUUACGUCAGGCUGUUCGACCUGCGAAGCUCUAGGCCGUUGCGCGUGAAGGAUCACAUGAACGGGUUUCCAAUCGUCGACUUGAAGUAUCACACCACCGUGGACGGCGUUCGAAGACUCGUCUCCACCGAUAAGAAGAUUGUGAAGAUUUGGGAAGAGAAGACGGGCGAACCGUACACUUCGAUCGAACCCGGAUACGAAAUCAACGACCUUUGCUUGUGGGACAAGACGGGGCUGAUGAUGAUGGCGCAGGACCACACGCAGUUGAGCGUCUUCUUCACCCCAUCCCUCGGCGCCGCGCCCAAGUGGUGCUCUUUCCUCGAAAACCUCACGGAGGAGAUGGAAGAACGGACCCAGGAGAAUCUAUACGACGACUACAGGUUCAUCACCAGGGAGGAGUUGGAAAAGCUCCACUUGUCGCACUUGAUUGGGACAAAGAUGCUCCGGGCGUACAUGCACGGUUUCUUCAUGGACAACCGUCUGUACGGCAAGGCCAAGGCGAUCGCCGAACCGUUCUCGUACGACGACUUCAAAAAGAAGAAAAUCAAGGAAAAGCUCGAAGAGGAGCGACAAAGCAGAAUCACGAUCAAGAAGAAAGCUCCGAAGGUCAAUGCAGUGCUCGCCGCACGCUUGGGGGCAGAGGCCGAGGCGGGCGACGGGGCAGAGGAGUUGGUCGACGAGGAUGGCGACGAGGUCGCCGGCGAGGCUCCGGGUGGAAACUUGCUCGAAGACGAUCGUUUCGCGGCCAUGUUCAAGGAUUCGGCGUACGAAAUCAAUGAGGACGAUGAGACUUUCAAGAUGCUUCACCCGAACGCGCCGAAGAUGUCGAAGAAUGCGCGCAAGGAGAUGCUUGAAGACCACUUCGAACUGGUCGACGACGAUGACGACGACGACAUCGAAGAGGAUAAAGAACCAAAAAUGUACGCCGCAAAGGAUGAAUUCCACGCCAACGCGUUCAAGGACGGUCGCGUCACGAAGGCUGACUUACCGUUGAAGGAACGCGCCAAGAUGGAGAAGGCGAGGGAGACGACGAAGAGAGCGCGCGUGACUGGAAAUCGCGAGGCCUUCUUCGACGCAAGCGCACCCAAGAGUCAAUCCAUGAAACGCCUGGGUAAGGCACGCAGCGCCGACGAGUACGGUGAAGACGAAGGUCUCGCCGCGGAGGGCGCAUGGAAGGAGCAACUCUCCGGACACUCGCGAGGCUCUCGCAGAGGCAUGGACGGCGUGCUUGGUAAGAUGGACAAGAUGAACAAGGGAGGGCCGCCCAGGCGCGGUGGCAAAGGGAAGAAAUGA